AUGAAGUUGUCGGGGAUCGACGCCAGCCAGCUGACCUACGCCUACCUCCUCAACGCGCUCGCCCACGGCGGGGCGUGGGAACCCGCCCUGCAGGCCCUCGAGAGCGACAUGCCCCGGGACGGCGUGGAGCCCAACCUCCGGCUGUUCACCUCCGCGCUCUCCGCGUGCGAGUUCGGCGGCCAGUGGCUGGCCGCCAUGCGGGUGUUCGAGAACGUCUACAAAGCAGACAUGAAGCCUGACGUCGUCACCUGGACUGCCUUGAUCAACGCAUGCGCCAGGGGCGGGCAGCUGCAGCUAGUGAAGGAGUGCCUGGAGCAGAUGGUCGUGGAGGGCGUCACGCCGAACGUGAUCACGUACAACUCGGUGAUCCGAGGCUGCGUGGAGAUGGGCGAGUUGAAGAAGGCUGUGAAGGUCCGCGAGGCGCUCGUCGCGGACGGGCUGAUGCCCGACACCGCCUGCUAUGAUGCCACGCUGAAAGGAUAUGCCAGGUUCGGGCUGUGGGAGCAGGCCCUGGCGGAGUUCCAGGAGAUGAAGGCCGAGCCAUACAAACUGGUGCCGCAGGUCGGCACGUACAUCAGCAUGGCGGGCGGCGGGGGCGAGUCGGAGGCCGUCGUAGUCGACGUGAGGCUGGUUGUGCCGUUCCAGCCUGCGGCGGAGAUCGACGGCGACGGCUCCCACGUGCCUGAGAGCGUCGACAGUGGCGAGGAGCCCCUCGCUGAGCUCGGCGCGGUGUCGGAGGUCGACGUCGAGGACUUCCUCGACAAGAUGCUCUCGGCCUCGGGCCCCGAGGGAGGCGCGCAGAGCGUCAGCAUGGAGGACGUGGUGCGCCAGAUCGAUUGCGACGGCAUGGACAUCGACCGCGCGCACGCCUUCAUGAGCUCCACGCGCUUCCGCCAGUGCUUCCGCGUGAUGGGCGUGCGCAUCUACCGCGUCGUCGUCGGUACCAGUAUGCAGGCCAAGCCGAUAGAUGAGCGCAAGCGGUGGAUUGGCUCUUUCCCGAGGUCUUUGACGAAAAGCCAGCGCGAGGCACAUUGGAACUCAAUUCAGGGCCAUCUUACAUCUUCCCUACUUGAACGCGUUCAACCUCAGUUUCACGGCGUGGCCAAGAGCUACGUGCUGGUGUUGCCGACGCCGUUUGAUGCUCGAAGUCUCUCCGACUCGUUCCGCUCCCUGGACAUGGUCUGCGUCGACCCGAGGGGCCGGAGCCGCCGCCAAGUUCGAGUUCGACAGGACUUGCCGCUCGACGUCAGGUCCAAACAGCGCGCCGCGAGCUCCCUGCGGCCUGGUGCCCUGGAGCUGGUGCGCAAGACCAACCACCCCCUCGACGGGUUCAAACUCGGGGUGAACGGGUGCCAGGGGCUCAUGCACCUUGCCAGCGAGGACGAGGUGUGGGAGCUGUUCCACAUCAAGGGGUCCGACGCUGCCGGGUGGACCUCCGAGCCGAUUUCCAGCAGUUGGCGCGCGCGGAGCGUCCAGGACUCCGACGCGCGGGCCCUUGUCGCGCUUGCGACUGGCGAGGAGCUCAUUUAUGAAGUGGCUCGUCGCGCCAAGUUCGCCGCCGAGCUCAUCGGCCCCGGCGCCCCCGAGGGAGAAGUUUCUCGGUGUCUUGCCCUUCUCGGAGCCCGCGGGCACGAUAAACCCAAGGUGAUCCACCGCGCUCCGCGCGCCUACCUUGUCCUUCGCGAGUUCUUCUGCGCGGGCGAAUUUCAGCGGUUGGACUUCUCUGGCUUCAGCGACGAGGUGGGCGAGAUCAUGAGGGGACAGCGCGGCUUAGAGGAACAGGAGGUAAAGAACGACAGGCAGGCCUCGCAGUCUGUUCAAGAGCGUCGGGUCGCCAAGCGUCGAGGGCUUUCGGCGGCGCGGGCUCCGGCGCACCGCCGGCUGCAUUUAACGGCGGUCGUCGACUGCGACGGGGGGGCGGUGGAGGGCCCCGACGCGGGCGGGGCUACCUCGGCCGAUUAUCGGGUGGAAGUGGCCAGGGUGAGGGAGGUCGGGGAGGCAGAGUUCGCACGGAUCGACCCGUUCAUCCAGUCCUGCAGUCCGUCGACGCAUCGGAAGCUUUCUUUUCAGAGGUUUCACGAGAUCUUGCGUCGCCGUUCUGACGGCGCGCCAGGGGCCGACGGGGUGCUUUAUAGUGCGUGCAAAGCUGGUGGGCUCUUUGUUGCAGAUGCCCCCCACUCCGUCUACUCCUACCUCCUCGACGGCGGCGCCCCCGAUCGCGAGUUUAACCGUGCCCUCGCCGCGUUCCUCCCCAAAUCUCGGAUGGCCCUUGGAAUCCUGGCGGUGGCCCCGCAGGCAAAACUCGCGCAGCUGCGUCUACCGUGCUCGCUCGGGCCCUGCCUGCCUGCCUGCCUGGGGCGCUGGGUCCAAACACGGCACCUCGGCGCCCGGCUCGAGCCCCGCGCCCGAGGGGGCCGCCAUGCCGCCAUGACGGGCGGCGCCCGCGCCGCCGAGGGCGGCGCCGCCUCCCCGGCGGGCUCGCGGGAGCGAGGCGGCUGCGGCAGCCCGGCGGCGUACGCGCCAGGGGCGCAGGCGGUACAGGUGCUUGCUGCGCCCAUGGCCCAGCCCGCGCUGUCCCUGCCCAUGGACCCGCGCGUGGACUACCUGUGCGGCGGUUAUUGCGUGAAGUUGAUCGGGCAGGACGGGGACGUCUUCAUGCGGCACGACCAGGCCUUCUGUAGCACAGCGUGCCGCCGCCGGGGCAUGUCGACCCUCUUCGCCAACCUGCGCGGCGUGCAGCUCGAGCGCGCGGCCCGGGGCCCGCCCGCGCCCUCGGAGGUCUCGUUCAGCGCGUUCAGCUCGACGCGCUCCGCCUCCUCCACGACGGUGAGCUCCGCGCUCGCGCGCCGCGGCGACGAAGGCGGCCCGAUCGCCUGGGUAGUCGGCAAGAUGCUCGACGUCAUAUCCGCGAGGCUGCAUGGAUCUCGCUUGUCGAGGGCCGCAUCUACGCUGGUGCAGAUCUUGGAGUACACGCCCGUGCCGCUGCCGAAGAAUAUCCUCGGCCUCAUGAGCUCCGCGUCUGCGGUCUCGUUCCGAAGCGACGGGCUGUUCGGCGACUCGCCGCUGCGCCUCGGCGAGAAGGACCUGUAGGGCAUCGGGCAGCGGGGGGCCCCCACUGGCCCGUCACGCCGCCGAGGGCGGAGAUGCAAGGUGCAAGUCAGCCGUCGUGCACUCUGUGCACCGCGGGUUGCAAUGGUCCCAACAUGUUGUUGGGGUUCGCGUAAUUUGAAGGCUGCGUGUUCUCUCGUUCUCGUUUUUUUUUGUUCUCUCUCACUCUCUAUCUCUGUUUCGUUGCCCCCCUUUUCUCUCGAGGCCAGUCGCUCCCUUCACAGCGGCGCUUAUGUAUUUUCCAUGCCCCUGCGCGCGAUGGUGAGAUCGCAUGUGCGCUGGUGCGCUAGGCAUCCGUAUCUGUUUUUGUGGACGACCGCAUGUUUAAAUCGACUGUCUGGUUGAGGUGCGUCCCACGCCCAGCUACGGGAAGACGCAGUUUAAAGAUUGUCCGUGCAUUUCAGUCCGCACGUCUAUUGGGUUCGUGUCAUGGUCUUCAUGGUAUUCUUUCUCAGCUCUUCAUCGUGAUUUCCCUGGCCCGUCAGUGGUGGGGCAUUCGUCAUUGCCAUGGGCCAUUGCUUUAACCAUGUGUGUGCCGGCGCGGAUGCGAACACGUGACGUACUGCGCUCUGGAUGCGAACGUUUGGUGGUGAACAUGCUGCUGUGACAGGCUGCGCCACAUAAUAGCUCGACCUUCACAAUGCAAUGAUUCACUGUGCAGGACCCCCGCUGGCUAACAUGUGUCAUCUCUUUCGGUUACGACUGCGGUUGCCGAGUG